GCAGGCACUCGCAUGAAACAGCUCCGGACCUCCGGCCCGGGGUCCUUCACGGCAACACCCUUCCAAGAUGGCAGCCAGCAGUAGCAGCACGGGCAGCAAACCCAGCGGCAGCGCCGGCGGAAAACCGUCCGGCAUUUCAGCCGAACAGGUGGUGGCGACAUUUCAGAGGAUGCGUCAGGAGCAGCGCGGCAUGGCCUCUAAAUCUGCAGAGCUGGAGAUGGACAUCAACGAGCACAGCUUAGUGAUUGACACCCUGAGGGAAGUGGACCCUUCGAGGAAAUGCUUUCGUCUAGUAGGAGGAGUGUUGGUGGAGAGGACGGUGAAGGAAGUUCUACCAGCUCUGGAAACCAACAAAGAACAGAUCACCAAACUAAUGGACACCAUCAACACGCGGAUGCAGACGAAAGGACGGGAGCUGACGGAGUACAGGGAGCGCUACAACAUCCGGCUGAUGGGCGAGGGCGAAGGAGAGGCUCAAGGCCCGUCGGCGGGGUCUUCCAGGGACAGCGAGGGGGGCGGGUCUAAAGGCGGAGCCGGCGUUUUAGUGUCGUAGUUUGUGACGAGAGGAGAUUUUCUGCAGUGCUGAAAACGUGUUUGAAAUUCAUGAAAUCUUGGUUUCACAACGGAACUUUUCACAGGAAAACAUUGGGUUUGAUUAAAUUUCCGCUUAACAUGCU